CUCUCUGGACUCAUCGGAGUGGUGUCAUGGAAGAGGCCGCUCUCUCUUGUGAUCACAUUCUUCAUGCUGCUGUCAGCGGUGUGUGUGAUGCUCAACCUGGCGGGCUCCAUCCUCUCCUGCCAGAACGCUCAGCUGGUCAACUCUCUGGAAGACUGUCAGCUGCUCAAGUUUGACAGCGAUGGAGUGUGUGUCUGCUGCGAGCUACAGCAGCAGAGCUCGAGCUGCAACAACCUGGGCGAGAUGCUGAAACUGAAUCCACUGAGGGACUGCAACACGAUACGCCUACGUCUCAAGGAGCUGCUGUUCAGCGUGUGUGCCCUCAACGUCAUCUCCACCAUUGUGUGUGCUCUAGCCACGGCCAUGUGCUGUAUGCAGAUGGUCUCGACUGAUGUGCUGCAGAUGUUUAUGCCGCACAGAGCGCGAGCCCUAAAUGCUGACUGCAUGACCCCCCACGGAACCAUCCUCCACCAAACUCUGGACUUUGAUGAGUUUAUUCCUCCCAUACCUCCUCCACCGUACUACCCCCCAGAGUACACCUGCACCCCCUCGAUGGAUGGACAGAGAGGCCUCCACCUGGACUUCCCCCACUCUCCCUUCAGUGCCAUCUACGGGGUUCCAAUCAACAGCCCAGGGACCCUGUACCCAACGGACCUGCCGCCUCCAUAUGAGUCUGUGGUGGGGCAGACCCCUGCCAGCCAGGUCACAACCAGCAUCGAGCAACAGGCCACUGGGUCCAGUUUGUGUGAGAGAAACACCACUGCAGGUCUCAGCACUCAGGCCUCAGUGGACAGUGCAUCCCUGAUGGUGUCAGAGGUGGCUGAUCAGGACCAGACCUGCUCCUCAGAGGACUUGUGCUCCCUGGAGGUCCAGGGCUCUGACUCCUCUCCUUACGGCACGCCCCACACUGCCCCCACUGAUGGAAGCUGCACCAGCCUGGAACUUUGUACACGUGACCCGUCACGUUGCCACCGUGGCCUGCCUAGCAUGGAUGUUCGCCCCUGUGACACCGGAUACAGUGAGUCUUCCCAGACCCAGGAGUCUCUGGAACGCUCUCCAGACUGGUCUUCAGAGAACUUUAGCAAUCUGGACCAGGAGGACUCCACAGACAACACACAUCCCUGUGAGGAACACAGUGCCACACUUCACAUAUGUGACGAGCUCGCCUCAGCCAAACAUUUACCAGAGGAGCCACCUAAACCGCCGACACACUCCCUCAUUAAAGCACGAAUGAUGAGCAGGAAGCUCAUGCUCCCUGUUCCUAUCCCCCCACCACCUCAGCCUUGUUCCCCCACCUCAGUGGCCUCCUCUGGUGGAACUUCAGCCAUCAGCCCUUUGGCUCUUUCUUCCUCCCCUUCCCCUCCGAACAGACCACGCGGCCCCAGGCUGUGUUUCAGUGUUUGGUCUCCCUCUUCGACAUCACAACCCCCCUCUACCUCAGCUCAAAGUGGCCACUCGCCCUCAGAGAGGCCUCGGGUGCGAGCAGCCAGGAGGUACCGCAAGCUGGCACGCAUUGUCCGCUCCACCAGUGACCCUAUCUCCUGCUCCUCUGCAACAGGAAGAGAAAAUAGUGGCUGCUCCUCUGCCGCUAACCCUGCUGCUGAAGCUUCAGCUCAUACGUCACCAGAGCAAGACGUGUCAGCAGAGGAUAGUGGAGCAAAACAUGGUCACAUGUUUGUCAGGAAGCAGCAGAAAGAGGACAGGAAAACUGAUAUCCCCCUCAAACCUCGAGCCCUGCACACAAACUCCUCCCACGAGCGCCCACACUCGCUGGCCGACCUCAAGAUGUACAAAGACACCAAAAUAUUGGUGGCCAAGUUCCUUGAGCAUUCAAACUGCAGUCUACCUCCUGAGGUCCAGCAGGUGGUCAACAACAUCAAGUGCGUCAUCAAGUCGGAUGAGAAACACAUGGAGGAGGCCAUCUAUAGUGCCAAUGUCAUAGAUCAGGUGAUGACCCAGCGCAUCAUCGGCAGUCCCAGAAAGCGAGGCCGUGAGGACCUUCACCUCCAGAGCUGCGGCGCUUUGAGCUCAUCGCCGUCCCCUUCCCUGUGCCGUCCCAAACACCUCCAACAAACAACCAGUGCCUCCACCCACCCACUGGACUCCCCCUCCUCUGAACAAGGCCUUGAGUACAGAGAGACUAUUCUCUGACCUUCCUCCCAACAAGGACUCGGGUGAAAAAUUCUGAGGGCAUUUCAGCGAGCAGGAGUUGCAGACAGGUCGUGCUGUGCCACAGAUGUCUGUAGAGUAAUCAGACACUGUGAGAUCAUCUAUUUGUACAGUGUGACAGCAGCAUAGGCAAACUGAAAUGCUCUCACGUUGCAUCUCUUAGUGCCCUGUGAGACCGUGCCAAGUCAUCAGCAGAAAUGGUAGCACACUCAGACUGAGCCUGCCAGUGUCUGUAGAGGCUUCAUUCUCAUCAGAAAAUCAAAAGAAUGUUUCUCCCUCAGGGGAUCUUUUCUACUGAGUCUCAUCUCCUCAAAAAAUGUACAACUGGUAAGUUUGUGAUUGGAAGAUUUCCAGUAUUCCUCUUGUCCUCAUACGAAGCUGAGAGGAAUAUUGUUUGUAUUAAACUGUGAACUGAACUGACGACGCGUUAAUCGCCAUCGUUUGCAGACUUUGUGGAACUGUUGCUGAUUGGGUGGUGAAUAUUUAGUGGUGUCGCUGGUUUCAAAAACAUCACAGAUGUGGAUUAUUUAACUUACCUCAUUGUGUUGCGAUUCUUUUCAGUGUUACAAUAAAAUCAGAGUUUGUA